AAGAAAGUUUGCACCCCGCCAUUCCACCAAAGAAGAAGAAAAAAAAUGGUGCGAGUGAAGUCAAGAUAUUUAUUGUGUGAGGUCAACGUGUCGGACAGGAAGAGCCUCUUGCUGUUGGAUGACCGAGCCAUCUUCGCGGCGGUGAAGAAAGCCGUGGCUCGCUUACAUGGAGACUAUGGAGCCGCACUGUGCAGCAUCAGGUUCUCUGUGAAAUACCUGAAUAGCCAUACUGGAAUGGUAUUCCUGCGUUUCCUGAAAAUGUGCUACAAACUCCUGUGGUCAGCGUUGCCCUUUAUCACCAGCAUCGAAACACGUGGGCAGAAGAUACCUUGUUUUGUCAACUGUCUGCACAUAGGAGGAACCAUUAGAACAUGUCAGAAAUUUCUGGUACGAUACAACACACGGCAGCUCCAUCGAAUGCUCCCUAAUUGCAACAAUGAAGAUGAAAAGAAACAGAUUCGCAAAGCUAUUUUAAAUUGCUCAAUAAUACGAGGAGCAUUUGAAGAUGAAGCAGAGAGUGAAGAUGAAGAGUAACCUCGCCAAAUACUUAAACACGGUGAUUUCCCCCCCCCUUUUUUUCUUAAUUUUUUGUUUACCCUCUUUGUUCUUUCUUUUGGAAGAUGUUUCAACCACAGUGGAUUUGUUCAAACAGAUUAUGUGCAUGUAUUAUUAAAAUGACAGAAUAUAUUGAGGUACCUCAACUUAUUUUGACAUACAGUACGAACGGUCUCUUAGUUUUUUUUAUAUGCCUUGAAAGGGCCUUAUUAUUAAAAACAACUUUUCUUA